CCUCCAUCUCGUCUCGUGUGUCUGAGUCACUGCGCUCCCCGCCGUACAACUAUAAUAAUCAUCUGUUUUCAGCUGAAAGCAGAGAUGCAGCAGGAGGAGGAAGAGGAGGAGGAGGAGGAGACGCACACACAGAGAGAGAGAGAGAGAGAGAGAGACACUAACACACACCUGUCGGAGCCCCUGCGUUCAGCAUGUUCAGCAUGAUCAGAAACUGGCUGUUCGGAGCCACUGAAGAGAGCGAGUAUAAACUCCUCAGCACUGAGAGCAAGGAUGGUGUGAGUUACGAGGUGCGCCGCUACGACGCGUGCAAGUACGUGUGCUUGAGUCUGGAGGGGCGGAGCCUGGAUCAGGUGUCAGGUGAGCUGCAGCGGAGGCUCCUCGCCUACAUGAGCGGCGGCAACGCACAAGGUGAGGUCAUGAACACGCCGGUCCCCGUCAUCUUCACCGUCUUCCCUCGUGAGGACGGCUCGUUGAACCGCCGCCUGGUGGCCGCUCUGCGUAUCCCAUCCAGCUUCCAGACCAGCCCGCCAACCCCGACGGACACGACCCUGCGGAUGGAGGACCGGCCCGGGAUGACCGUAUACGUCCUGCAGUUCGGGGGGUUCGCAGGAGAGAGCGAGUUCCGCGCAGAGGCGUCGCGUCUGACGGUCACGCUGGGAGACUCCGCCCCCUUCCAGCGCAAGCAGUACCUGUGCUGCAUCUACGACCCGCCAAUCAAACCCUACGGGCGGAGGAACGAGGUCUGGUUCCUGCAGGACGAGCCCUGAGGAACUCUUCAUCUCCACAGCGCUCUAUACAGUGCAGAUCGUCUCAGUAAUAAACAGAAUCAAUGAUGCAAUCAAAUAUGAGAUAAUUCUGUUGUUAAGCAGCUCUACAGAAGACAAUAUUGUUGUUAUUCAGUUCCAUGUUGAUUCAGUUCAGUUCUAUAAAACUAUGUCGUGAUGCAAAGUUCAUCAAUUCAGUUUCAGCACUUUGACUCAGUUGAUUCAGUUCAGUGACUACUUGGUCUUUGUUAUAUUAUGUAUUAUUUUAAUAUUUGUCCAUCGAUCUAUCUGUCUAUCUGUCCUACUCUCUGUCUAUAAACCAUCAAACUUCAA